CAUUUUGGUAGCUCACCAUUUUUGACGGUCAGCCUUCAUUUCCCGGCGAAACGGGUAGAAACCAACCCAACGGGAACGUUUCAAAAUGUCGGUUUUACCCUUAAUGUCCCCAAAAUUCCGUCACAUUUUCCUCUCCUUCUUCCUAACCCUCUUGCCCUUCAACGUAAUUACACAGUCUCCGGAGGCCGACCGGGCUGCUCUGUUGAACAUCAAGCAGCAGUGGGGGAACCCCCCCGGGACGGAGUCGUGGAACGGUUCCUCUUCGCCAUGCGACUCGCAGUGGCAGGGAAUCAAUUGCACCGCCGGCGCCGUAACCGGAAUAAUCAUCCGGGACAAGAACAUAAUCGAGACGAUCCCGUCGGCUAUCUGCGACCUCGAGAAUCUCACCGUUCUCGACCUGGCCUACAAUUGCAUCCCCGGAAGCUUCCCUAAGGUUCUGUACCAUUGCUCCAAGCUCCAAUACCUAGACCUCUCGCAGAACUGCUUCGUGGGACCCAUUCCGGCUGAUGUUGAUCAGAUGUCGUCGCUCCGGUACAUGGACCUAGGGGCAAAUAACUUCACUGGAGACAUUCCGCCGGCGAUCGGCCGUUUGCCGGAGCUGCAGAAAUUGCAUCUCUACCAGAACCUCUUCAACGGCACCUUUCCGGCGGAGAUCGGAGACUUGUCCAAUUUGGAGAUUCUGACUAUGCCUUUUAACGAAUUUUUGCCGUCGAGAAUACCGCCGGAGUUUGGGAAGUUGAACAAGUUGAAGUAUUUGUGGAUGGCUGAUACCAAUUUGAUCGGCCCAAUACCUGAAAGUUUCACAAAUUUAUCCUCUCUUGAGCACUUAGAUCUCUCUAUCAAUAACCUAAGCGGUUCACUUCCAGAAGGCCUGUUCCAGUUGAAGAAUUUGAGAAUUGUGUAUGUGUACAAGAACAAAAUUUCCGGUGAAAUUCCAACUCCGAUUGAGUCUUUGAACUUGACACAAUUCGACUUGUCAAUGAACAAUCUGAUCGGUUCAAUUCCGGAGGAUCUCGGGAAGUUGCAGCAACUGGAGUUCUUCAAUUUGAAUACAAAUCAAUUAUCUGGUGAAGUGCCGGCAAGCAUCGGCCUAAUUCCAACACUGAAGGUUUUUAGGGUAUUCACGAACAGGUUGAAUGGCACUUUGCCGUCAGAGUUAGGCCUUCAUUCCCAGCUGGUAGCUUUUGAGGUUUCCGACAACCAGUUUACCGGAAACUUGCCGGGAAACUUAUGCGCUGGACGGGCCUUACUCGGUGUGGUUGCUUUCACCAACAAUCUCAGUGGGGAAGUGCCUAAAUCACUGGGAAAUUGUGACAGUUUGGUAACAGUUCAGCUGUACGGCAAUAACUUAUCAGGGGAGGUUCCAUUAGGGCUCUGGCAAGUAUCGAACUUGUCAAGCUUGAUGCUAAGUGGAAACUCCUUUUCCGGCGAACUUCCAGGCGUAUUAGGAAGGAACUUGUCGCGGUUGGAGAUCAGUGACAACAGGUUUUCGGGUAAGAUUCCUCUUGGGGUCUCUUCUUGGGUGAGCCUGGUCGUGUUCAAAGCGAGCAAUAAUCAGUUAUCGGGUGAGAUCCCGAUGGAGUUAACGAGCCUUCCUCAGCUCAUCAUUCUGAUGCUUGAUGGUAAUUCCAUUACUGGCGAACUGCCAACAACAAUAGUUUCAUGGAAAUACUUAAGUACUCUGAAUCUUGCUGGGAAUAAGAUAUAUGGCCAAAUCCCAGCAGCCAUCGCUUCUUUGGCCAGCCUUACCGAUUUGAACUUGUCUCAAAACCAAUUUUCAGGUCAAAUUCCACCCGAGUUAGGCCAUCUCAAGCUCACCACUUUAAAUUUGUCUUCUAACCAACUCACUGGAGAAAUCCCGGAUGAGUUCGAUAACUUAGCCUUUGAAAACAGUUUCUUGAACAAUUCGAAUCUUUGCGCCAACAACCCAAUUUCAAACCUCCAAUCGUGUUCUGCCAAAUCCCGGAAGUCCAGCGGCUUGUCAUCAUCAGUUCUUGCCAUAGUUCUAGCAUUGGCAGUGCUUCUCUCCUUGGUUACUGUUUUAUUGACCUUCAUCAUGGUCAGAGAUUACCGGAGGAAGAAGCUCAAACGUGAGCUUGCGGGGUGGAAACUCACCUCAUUCAAGAGGUUGGAUUUCCAGAAGGCAACAAUUCUGGCAAGCUUGACAGAAAACAACUUGAUUGGCAGUGGAGGGUCAGGGAAGAUAUACCGAAUCACUGUCAAUCAUUCAGGCGACCAUGUCGCUGUCAAGAGGAUUUGGGACAACAGAAACUUAGACAAGAAGCUGGAGAAAGAAUUUCUUGCAGAGGUUGAGAUACUGGGUACCAUUAAGCAUUCAAAUAUAGUGAAGCUGCUGUGUUACAUUUCGAGUGAGGACUCGAAGCUGCUUGUCUAUGAGUACAUGGAGAAUCAGAGCCUUGAUAAGUGGCUACACGGGAAGAAGAGGAGGAACUCAUCGCUUUCUAGCUUGACAGGGCAAGUCGUGUUGGAUUGGCCUACAAGGCUGCAGAUUGCCAUCGGAGCUGCAGCAGGCCUGUGUUACAUGCACCACGACUGCUCUCCACCCAUCGUUCAUCGAGAUGUGAAGUCGAGUAACAUCCUCUUGGACUCUGAGUUCAAAGCAAGGAUAGCUGAUUUUGGCCUGGCCAGGAUCUUAGCCAAGCCAGGGGAGCCCAACACCAUGUCCACACUUGCCGGUUCAAUAGGCUACAUGGCUCCAGAGUAUGCUUAUUCCACAAAGGUGAAUCAUAAGAUCGAUGUCUAUGGCUUCGGAGUUGUGCUUCUGGAACUAGUCACUGGAAGAGGGCCCAACGAUGGAGAUGAGCAAAGGAGCCUCGCAGAAUGGGCGUGGCAUCAAUAUCAAGAAGGAAAGUCCAUUUCUGAUGUCUUGGAUGAGGAGAUCAUGGCACCAUUUUACCUGGAAGCCAUGACUGCAGUGUUCAAACUCGGCCUUAUAUGCACAAGCACACUACCUUCUUCUAGACCUACCAUGAGGGAGGUUCUGCAGAUUCUUGGUCAAUGUGCCCCUCUCGAUAGCUGUAAAGGGAAGAAGGACGGGCGCGAGCACGAUGUUGCCCCCCUCCUCAGCAAUUCCAAGUAUCUUUCAAGCUACAAUGUUAGCAAGAAGUUUUCAGAUGAAGACGAUGAUAGUUUAGCUUGCAGUCCUGCUUGAUGCAUAUAGAGAUGUUACCAGUUUAAUCAGCUCGCCUGCUGGCACAAGAGAGCUUUGCCAAACUGAAUGCUAGAGGGCGAUUUUGUUUUCUUCACUGGCUAACAUGGGAUAUAUAAAUGAUAAUCAAAUCAUCUGCUUAAGAGAGUUUGUUUAUGAUAUGUUUUAUAUUUUGAGUGUGUGUUGCUAAGCGAUGAUAAAUGUAAAGAUGGAAGAGUUGGGUAGUUCUAUGUUGGGGUCCUAGCAUUUUUGGAGCUACAAGUUGCCAGAUGAUUCAAAAAUCAAAAUGAAUUUUCAUGUACAUAGAUUUUGAAAUGGAA